AUGUCGCCCAAUAACUCUGCGCCGAGUUCCCCUCAGGGAUCGCCGGCUCCUUCCUUGGGGCCGUUAAGAGGGUUUUCUUUUGAUUUUUCUCUAGAUGAAGUCCCUGUAGAUGAAGAAUACCCAUUUAGCCCCACGACUGAAGAAGAUUUUUCUAAGUCUCCCCAUGAGUCUUCUGAAUACACUAUAGAUUUAAAAGAGAGAAGAUCGUCUACAAGAGAAGGAAGUCGUCAUCACUCUAUUAAAUCUCUAACUGUGAUUCUGUGCAGCAUAUUAGCGCUCAUAGCGCUGCACGUCAGGCGUCCAGCGAAAAGAACAGCUCUUGCAAAGGAGCUGAUGGAGCUGUCUGCACGUAUAUUUGAACGAAAACCAGACGGUGGAAAGGCAUACCCAGCCGCAGCGGAGCUCAGUGAUGAUGUAUUUACGUUUGAAGAAGGUUUAACAGGGAUUGAUGAAAGCAGUUCAAGUUUUUCCUCUUCUUCCUCCUCCAGAAGCGUAGAUAGCCAGGAACAGCAGUAUGAUGAUGAUGAGCAGCAGCAGGAGCAGGAGACGCAGUUUCGUUUACCAGGUCGGAAGUUUAACGUUAUAGAAUUGCCAGAUGUAGAUGAGGCAGAGGCAUUGAUGUCUAAAGAGGAGUUGGAGGGGAAGCACUUUUUAGCGAAUUAUGUUAUUGUAGAUGAGUCUGAAGAAGAAUUUAAUCCAGAUGAUGAUGAAGAGCCCGUCGUAGAGGAAGAAGAAGUAGACCCUGCGCUUGCUGCUAUUGCAAGAUUGAUAUCCGAUGGAGAGACAGACAAACUAGUUGACUCUAUUGUACAUCUUGAAGACGUAAAGCCGUUAGAUUCAUCUCUGCCUGCUGGAGACACAAACCGCAGCUUCAAAGUUACUCGUUUUCUAGGAAAAGGAGUAAGCAGUGUGGUUGUUGCAGUUGUAGAUGAAGAGACAGGAGAGGAGCAUGCAAUGCGUUUGCAUGUAUUAGAGAAGCUAAACGUCUCUGAAGAACAGACAACGAAGCUGGUGCUGCAAGCAGCAGACAAAGAGAAUAGGUGUAUAGACACCGCAGUAGAGGGGGUAUCUGCUGCAGAAGUUGCAAACAAGAGAGGUUUCUCAGUUCCUAGAUAUACGGGGAAGAUAGCAGGAGCUUCUACUCUUACUUUAUGUGGUGAUAUGUACGUGGUGUCUGGAGUUCAGCUGUUUCAGCGGUUGCACGGCAGCGUAAAAGAGAUUAUUAACCAUCUGUGGCGCAUACCUCCUAAUGCAAAGUUGUAUGUAGCUCGGAGAUUGCUCAUAGAAGUUAUGCACCUACAAGCAGCAGGAGUUGCGCAUAAUGAUUUAAGAUUAGAUAACUGCUUUAUGAUGAAAGACGGUUCUUUUCUUUUAGGCGACUUCGGCGCAAGUACGCCAUUUGGAGAAGAGAUAGCAGAGCUUACACGCGUUACCAUGGCUUAUGCAGACCCGCAGAUGCUGAUAGACUUGAAAGAUUUUCUAAAAUCAGAGAGAUCUUCAGUUACACCUAGCCCUAAUGGAGAUCUUUGGUCUCUAGGAAUGAUAUUAUAUGAGUUGUUUGCAGACGGAAGAAUGCCUUUCGGUAUUGCUCAUAGUCGACGAGACUUUGAACAAAUGCAAAAAGUUGCAGCAGACCUUGUUAAUAGAGAAUUCGAUGAAGAUAAUCAAAUAAGUGUUGCUGCUGAGGUGUAUGCGGGGCUUCAGAAAGAAGAGCAUAUUCCUGAGAGGUGGAAGCAACUUAUUUGCUGUCUUUUAGAGCCUAAUAGAAGUAAAAGACCGUCUUGGACUGAGAUAGCAAUGCGCUUCCCUGAUUUGUUGCUGCAAGCAGAAGUUCAAUAA